ACAGGAACAAGGGGAGAGAGAGUAACGGGAAUACUCCGCAGUAGUAAAUGGUAAUGAGGCAGCCGCCUUUUCCCCAUUCGAGUUCUAAUCACCGUUUGACCUUUCCAGUUUCUACUUGUUGAAGUCUUCCCAUUUGAAUCCCCGCCAUUCAAUCAACUCCUGAAUUCUACCUAUUCCCUUAAAGAAAUUGAAAUUGUAUGCGGUUGCUCCGCCGAUGAAUUCUGUUUCUGCUGGCGGUGCUCCCGAUGUGAUCCGGACCUACCAGGCCUGGAAAGGCAGCAACAAAUUUUGCCUUGAAGGGAGGCUCAUCUUUGGACCGGAUGGUAGAUCGCUUUUUUUUACCAUAUUCCUCAUAGUUGCACCUGUUGCAGUAUUCUGUAUCUAUAUAGGCAGAAAGUUGAUGGAUGACUUUCCUGAUCACUGGGGGGUAUCCAUUACAGUUGUGGCUGUUCUCUUCACAGUCUAUGACUUGGUCCUCCUCCUGUUGACUUCUGCAAGAGACCCUGGCAUUGUUCCUCGCAAUCUCAACCCCCCUGAACCAGAAAACUUUGAAGGGAAUGCACAAGCUGGGCCUGGACAGACCCCGCAAUUACGUCUGCCACGUGUGAAGGAUGUUGAUGUCAAUGGAAUAACAGUGAAAGUCAAAUACUGUGACACUUGCAUGCUCUAUAGACCUCCACGCUGCUCCCACUGCUCAAUUUGCAAUAACUGUGUGGAACGGUUCGAUCAUCAUUGCCCUUGGGUUGGACAAUGUAUUGGUGUGAGGAACUAUCGCUUCUUCUUUAUGUUUAUUUUCUCGUCAACGCUCCUCUGCUUGUAUGUGCAUGCAUUUUGCUGGGUCUAUAUUAGAAGGAUUAUGGAUAGUGAGGAGACUACCAUUUGGAAAGCAAUGUGCAAGACUCCAGCCUCAAUUGCGCUCAUUAUUUAUACUUUCUUAUCAACCUGGUUUGUUGGUGGCCUUUCAGUCUUCCAUAUUUACCUCAUCAGCACAAACCAGUCAACAUACGAGAACUUUAGGUAUCGGUACGAUCAACGAGUCAACCCAUUCAACAAGGGGAUAAUUCAAAACGUAACGGAGAUAUUCUGCAAGAGUAUUCCUCCUUCAAAGAACAAUUUCAGAGCAAAGGUUCAAAGAGAGCCUGAGAUACAACCUCGAAUAGUAGGGGCUGGUGAUAGUUACAGUCCAAAUUUGGAUAAAACGGAACUAGAAAUGGGAAGGAAACCGGUUUAUGAUGAUGAUCCUAUGAGAAGCAGCUCUGAAUGGGAAGGGCUGCCAAGUAGAAAUGACAAUCUUCUAGAUAAAAUGAACAACACACAUUCAUCUCCUCCAUCAGGAGAGCUUAGCCGGAGCAUAGUAAAUCCUAUGAACUCUACUUGGGGGCGGAAAAGCCGGAGCAUGGAUCUUCCGCCUGACAUUGUUGCGUUGGCAACUGAAAUUGGGUGCUCAAAUUACAGCAAUGGUGGACAUGCUCUGUCAACUGGGAAACUGCUAACAACAUAAUGAGCUUUUGAGAGCAAAAAGAAAUAUGAAGAAUUGAGUCACAACCGCUUACAAUUUGCUGAGGUAAUUUUCAAAUGUUAUAUGGUGUGUAAAUCUUAUUUUAUUUAUUUAUUUUCUAUGACAGAAUCUAUAAUCCUCGAAGUGUGAUUAGUCUUGGUAAAUCAAUAUGUAUUCUUACUGACUGCAUUUUUAACAUCAAAUGUAUACGAGUUUAUACUGUAAUGUUUUCUCAAUAUCUAUAUUCUUGCUAUUAUACUCAUUUUGUCUAGUUUCUCAUAUAUCAAAUCAUACAGAGUAUAAUUGUAGAACUUUC